AUGACAAAGCAUAGGCUCGUACUUGAAGCGGCAGCCACUGAGUGCGUGGUUUUGUUACAGGGGCUGAUUGGCAGCGUAGUGGGGCCUGAGGAGCCUAGGGAGUACCUCACAUGCCCAGUGUGUGGUCGCUGCAUCACGGGCAAGAACUGUCGACAGAAUCUACGCCACCACCUCCUCAUUCACACUGGAGAGAAACCGUACACUUGCCCGCACUGCCCACACAGAGCCAAUUAUAAGCCCAAUCUCCUCAAACACAUUCGGUCUGUUCAUGGGUCUUCACAGGGGCAGGCUCUCUCCUCAGGGUCGUUUGCAGGCUUGUCCAAUGCUCCUGCUGCACCUACUUUCCUUCCCACAUCAAGUGGUUGUGAGGAGAACGUUGUGGUGUGCAGCGAGUGCGGCAAGGUGUUCUCUGGUCGUUCUAGGAAGACUAAUUUGAAACAGCACAUCCUGACUCAUACAGGCGAACGACCCUAUCUUUGCCCGCACUGCCCACACAGGACUAACCACAAGCCGAACCUUGUCAAGCACAUUCGAGCAGUGCAUAGAGCUCCUGCAUUCUCUUCCAUGCCAGCUAAAGGUUGCGGGGACAAUGUUCUACAGUGCAACGUGUGUGGCAAGUUGUUUAUGGGCCGAUCAAGAAAGAAUAACCUGAAGCAGCACUUACUGACUCACACUGGGGAGAGACCACAUCUGUGCCCACACUGUCCUUACCGCAGCAGCCAUCGCCCCACUCUGAGAAGGCACAUCCUCACAGUCCAUGCUAACCUGGUUCACCAACAUGCACAAGCACAGUUCAAUCCUACCUCUUAUUCCUUCACGAGAUGA